GCUAGCUUAGCUACUUAGGCGAUAGUCUGCCAAACAAACUCGGUGCUUUAACUUUUGAUUUUAUUCCCUCUCCGUCCACCUGUCUGUAUUUUUACACCUGCUGUAAGGAUUCAGGUUGUGGCUCUUUUCCGUGUGUUUUGCUGGAAUAAGAUGGUCGUUUUGACAGAUAACAAUGACGAACAGGAUUAUAUCCUGAUAGAGGAGCGUAAAUGCACCUCCCUGCCCAGCUCUCCCGCCAAGCGAGUGUCUCCCACCAAAAAGAAGCAGUUCUACAUCAACCAAGCCAUCCGCAACUCUGACCUCACUCCUCGAGCCAAAGGCAAGAAAAGCCUCCGUCGACAAGAGAACACUCGCUUUCUUGCUAAUCUUCUUGAGAGGGAUGAGUGCUCCAAAGAUGAUCUGGAGGUUUGCAGUAACCCAGCAAUCCCAUCUAUCUUCACUGAAGCCUGCACCAAUGGAAACUACAUAGAGCCAUGGAGUGACUUCAUGAAUUGCUCCGGUGAAGAACAGGAGAGGCUUUUAUCCCUGCUGGAACAGGAAGGGGCCAAGAAGAAAAUGACUGCCAAACAUCUCAAAGACCAGAGGAAUGUAAAUCUUGCCUUUACUGCUCAGGACUGCUUUCAAAGAAUCGAUCGCAGGUUACGAGCCACACUGAGACGGAAACAAAUCCCCAUAGGAACUCUGGAAGUACUUGAGGAAAACCUUCUGAGCUUCUUCAAUGCUCAACCUCACUCAGUUUACACAACUCACCUCUCCAGCAGCUUUGAGAGACUGCUGCUUCAUGCCGUCUGCCAGUACAUGGACCUCGUCUCUGCAAGUACCGACUACAAUGGCUUGCGCCAGACUGAAGUAGUGAACAAACAAGAAGAGUUUCUCCCUCCUGGACAUCUGUUGUCUGCCUACCUGGAGCAGAUGAGCUGAGACAGGCUCUUGCCAUGUUUCCUCUGCACAGCUCUGCUGGGAGAGAUGUAGGCAAGGAGCGCUAUCUGUCUAACAUCAACAAAGUUCUGAAGUCAAAGCUGAGAAACACUUGCUUUUUUUUCUCGGUUAGUCCCUGGUUUUUGUCGUUGAUUUAGAUUUUUUUAAUCCAGAACAACUCACAGUGUUGUUGUAGGGGUAAAAAGUUUAAAAGUUGCCUCUUGAAUAAUAGUCUAUAAGCUAGUGUGCAGCAGGCAUGUUGGCAUGCUGCAUUUUUUGUCAUCUAGGCUAAAUGGGUUUGUGUUAUUUACCAGGCCUAUGUUCAGAGCACCCUUUAUUUGACCUCUCAAAGACCGUGUUACAUUUCUGGCUUAAAAUCAAAUAUUUUAGCUAUUAAACUGUUUCCUCAGCAGAAUUAUUGUAAGAAUGAUCUGAUUGCAUGAAAAACAGCUUUAAGAAGCUUUUUUCAUCAUUGAAUCUAAAUGAGAUUUCUGUAAUCAAAGUUCCUGGUGAUUUGGACCUUUACAAAAACAAGUUCAAGCACUAUUCUUAGUUAUAAAAACAAUGAUAGAAACAGCUGUCUGUAUAGCAAAAACAUUCUGGCAAAGAUGAACUAAUAGAGCUGAAAAUCUUUAAACCAAUAUUCAAUUUGUGUCAACAGAUUAAGGGGAAAAUGGGGGGAUAUUUUUUAAUGUAUAAAUUAAGUCAGCUGAAAUUCUCUCCAUUGCUAAUUGACUGAUGAGAUUUUUGACCCUCACACUCUAGUGUCACCACUGGUUGGUGAACUCCUAUUUGAUAUUAAUUUCAAUAAAGCACAAAGUCAUCACGGUAGGCAACAAUAGUUUUAACUAAAAGCAUUGUUACAUUUACUCUGAACCCAUCCUUGUAUAAAAACCUGAGACUCAUUGUAACAAAUCUCUGUCUGAAAGACUAUCCUGUAGGAUUUAUGUAAGAUGUGAGGUACGAAGCAUGAAUAUUAAUAAUCUCUCUACAUUUAUGCACAGACACAUCACUCUUCAUCAUAGGAAAUCUGCCAACAAGGAUGCAAAAUAACCUCUUUUUGUAUACUUUUAAUAUAAAGUAAUUGUUUGAUGAUUUUCUCUGUAUGAUUUAUGAGCCAUGUCAUCUUUUCUACACCAGUUGUGUUUGAGCUGCAUUUUUAGGACAUCAGCUAAGGUAUAUGCUUAUGUUGUAGACUGUAAAACUGUCCAUAUAUAUAUGUAGAUUGGCUGUAAACAAACUUUAUACAGGCUUUAAGAUUGAGUCUGUUUCUAAUUACAAUAGGUGAUUGUAUUCUGCUUUCACACUGGCAUAAACAUAGUGUGAAUGUUACAUCAGUCAUUGUCAUUAAAAUAAGGAGCUAUGAUAAAGUUAAAAAAACAUAUACCCCUGUACUUUCAGACAUAGUUGUGGAUUUCUUGCAGUAUGCACAAAGCCAACUCUGUUUACAAAACUCCAAUGUUAAAGCCUUGUUUUCCCAUGUACGGAUGGUAUGAUGAGGAAUUAUACUGUAUAUGCAGUAGACUUGUUACAUUAGUAGAAAAACAGCCACUUAAAAGUGUUAUGACAGUGAAAAGAAAAGCCAGUAUUUACAUUUACAAUCCAAGAACAGCACUUCUGCCUUAUGAAUACAGGUUUCUCUGUUUUUCUCUGUACAUAUAUUUCUACAUUUGUACUUGACUGGAUUUUGGAAACAGGUUAUUUAAACAACGGUGUUCUUUUUUCUUAUACUGUCGUAGGCAGUGUAACAAAGCUUGACCUGUUGGUGUGUUUUGUCAAACUACCAAAGUUUGUGUGUUUGUGGCAUCAAAAUCUGAUUUCUCAGGUUUUCUUCUUCUUCUCACACUGAAUGUCAUGUUGUGAUCUCACAUGGUGUCAUUUUCUGAGUACUGUAUCUGCAAGAUGAACUUGUUAUGAUCAUGUUCACCCCAGCACCUCGGGGUGCUGCCAACUUUUUAAAUCCGUGUAGAAGUAGUUUGACAUGUGGUGCUGUAAAUAUUGAACUCAGAUAUUUGACUUGUGCCAACAUUUGGAUCGGAGAAGCCUCUAAAAGUCUGAAAGCUUUAUACUCUUGACGUGUGUAUAUAAUGAUAUGUGUGUGUACUACAGUACCUAUUUAUAAUCA